GUGCCGCCUCGUUAUCUAGGCGCUCUCACGACUUACACCCGCAACACACACCCAUACACACAAUACCCAGACCGCUGCCACCAUGUCUACCGACUUAGAAACCUUCGACUUCAUCCCGCUGCAGAUCGACCCCAAAUCCAAAGCCAUCAGCGCGGCGCCACCACAACAGGCCAGCAGCAGCAAGGCGCUCGAGACGGAGCUGGCGGCGCUCAACGCGCUGCACAAGUCGCUGCACUCGCUCGAGGCGCCGCACCUCGUGCCGCCGCCGCCCGUGCCCGUCAACCCGAAGCGCAGCGCCAACCUGAACAAGCUGCGCGAGAGCGGCAACGCCGAGUACCGCAAGCAGCGCUACGCCGAGGCCGUCAAGUUCUACACGCUCGGCCUGCAGAUGGCGCUGACCCGCCCGCACUGGGAGCCGAGCCAGCUCGUCCGCGAGGAGGUGCACGCGCUGUACAGCAACCGCGCCCAGGCGCACAUGCAGCUGGGCAACUGGCCCGAGGCGGCGGUCGAUGCCGAGGCGAGCGUCGAGGCUAAGAGGCAGGGCAACGCCAAGGCGUGGUUCCGCCGCGGGAGAUGUCUCGUGGAGAUGGGCCGGCUGGCCGAGGCCAGGGAGUGGGUGGCGCGCGGGUUGGAGUUUGAAGGGGAGGAGAAGGAGCUGAUUGAGUUGCUGAAGGAGAUUGAUGGGAAGAUGGAGGAGGAGAAGGGGAAGAGGGAUGCUUGAAAGGGUCCGGGUUACUCAUUAGGAGCGGGCGGGGUUAGUCCGCGGUGAGGACGGGGUUGUUAAGCCGGCGUGCUGUACAUUUCUCUCUUCUAGACCUCUAUGUGUAGGUCGUUCACACUUUAGGUUAGGCGUUCCGGAAAUUCUUGCAGGGAAGGGUAAAUCCAAGUGUCAUGACGGUUUGUCUGAGACAGCUUUGGAAUCGGAGUGUGCAUAUUGCGCCUUUCCCAACUCAGACCACAAGGCAUUAGCGUUCGGUUAUGGUACAAUGACCAAAGGAAAUGCCAAUGCUGGAAAGCUGCCCUCCCAAUCCCCCAGCUUCCUCAUG